GUUGGCGUCAUUCCAGUUCCUAACGGCGAGGUGGGGGGAGCGCUGGUGUGCCGUCUAGGAUCUGGAAUCAGUCGCUUGACGCUUCCUGAGUGUGACCAGGCGUGUGCGGUCGCUGUGACCUGCAAAAUCGUUUGGAAGAGACUGUAAAACGUUUGCUGUUUCCCUGUUCGAUAAACAGAGAAGGGCGUUCAAGAAAUCACCGGCUUUAGCUGAAGCUUGAUUUGAAGUCAAUUGGAUUUAUAUUUGACAAGUUUUCAAUUAAGUAUCCACAGAAUCUAAAUAUUUAAGAUCGCUCACAAUUAGAGUAUCUGCUGCUCUGUGUUACUCUAAAGCAUAAAGAUUACCUGUCAAUCAGAAACAACCAUGGCGGAGGGAGGAGUCAAACCAAAUAUAUCACAGCAAGCACUUGUGAAAAAUGAGAUCCCAGAUGUGAAAUUCAUUUCAACUCCAUCUGGGGAAGUUACUCCAACAAGAGCAUCAUCAGCUGCCUCAGGAGGAAGAAGAAUAACAGCCCAGCAAGGCAUAUCUGUUGCUAUUCUCUGUUUUAUAAAUCUGAUCAAUUACAUGGACCGGUUCACAGUGGCUGGCAUCCUGACUGAGAUCCAGGACCACUAUGGGGUCAACGACUCAAUGGCUGGACUGCUGCAGACUGUGUUCAUAGUCUCCUACAUGAUAUUUGCUCCUCUGUUUGGGUUCCUCGGUGACCGGUACAACAGGAAGUGGAUCAUGGCUCUGGGGGUGUUCAUCUGGUCACUGACUACACUGCUUGGAUCAUUUAUGGAGACGUUCACCGGGUUCAUCCUGAUGCGUGCCGCGGUGGGUAUCGGCGAGGCCAGCUACUCGACCAUCGCACCCACCCUCAUCUCCGAUAUGUUCGCCAAGGACCUGCGCUCCAUCAUGCUGGCCGUCUUCUACUUCGCCAUCCCCAUCGGCAGCGGUCUGGGCUACAUCGUCGGCUCUGGCGCCUCUUCGCUGGCCGGCCAGUGGCAGUGGGGGCUGCGCGUGACGCCCAUCCUGGGAGCCGUCGCCGUCAUCCUGCUGAUUGUGGUGCUGGUCGACCCGCCACGUGGAGAGAGUGAGGGCACGUCCAACCUGCAGCCCACCACGUGGUCGCAGGACCUCAAGGCCCUCGUCAGAAAUCCGAGUUUCGUGCUGGGCACUCUGGGCUUCACGUGCGUGGCAUUCGUCGCCGGAGCGCUCUCCUGGUGGGGGCCCAAAUACGUCACCGACGGCCUCAAGCUGCAGGUCGGAGACGAGAACGCCGACAUCAACGAUGUGUCGUUCAUAUUCGGCGUGGUGACCAUGCUGGCCGGCCUGGUGGGCGUCUCCCUGGGCUCGUUCUCCGCCACCCGGCUGCGGCCGCGCUUCCCGCGCGCCGACCCGGUGGUCUGUGCUGCCGGUCUGCUGCUCUCCAUGCCGUUCAUGUUCGGCGGCGCCAUCGUGUGCCAGUACAGCACCAACUGGGCGUACGUGCUGCUGUUCAUCGGGCAGGUGUUCCUCAACCUCAACUGGUCCAUCGUGGCAGAUAUGCUGCUGUACGUGGUAGUACCGACGCGCCGCUCCACAGCCGAGGCGUUCCAGAUCCUGGCCUCGCACCUGUUUGGGGACGCUGGUAGUCCGUACCUGAUCGGCAUUGUCUCGGACGCCCUGCAGCGCUAUUUCUCGUCCUCCUCCGACCCGACGUCCUCGGCAGCGGCCGUCCAGGCGGCGGCCAACACAACGCUCGGCCUGCCGCCCAACGCCACAGAGGCCAGCCUCGUGGAGACGGUAUCGCUCGCGCUGGCCGCCCCCAGCUCGGGAAACGACGACGUCGACACGUACACCCAGUUCAAGAGCAUGCAGUACGCCCUGUUCAUCACCAUGUUCGUGGAGGUGCUGGGCGGAGUGUUCUUCCUUAUCAACGCGGCCUACAUCGUCCGAGAUCGGGAACGCGCACGCCGCCUGACAGCCGACGGGAUGAGCGGUACAGAGCUCGUCCAGGGGCCGGCAGUGACGGCUCUGUGAUCAGGCGGCAAUCCGGACGCUGUGGCCGACAUACCAACCAACCACGUCUUCGCCGACGACCCCAUGUUCCGGGAACAGACCAGGGAGCUGCUCUCCUAGGCCGCCGCUCGGAGCGACAUCUGCCGGCGGCGGCGGCAAGCUGCAGUGCGCCGCGCCGCCGCCGCCGCCCGGACGCGCGGCUAGUGGUGGCGUCUGGUCGCGUCUGUGGUCGUUCGUCGGGUUAGGCUCGUGGUGUGUUGCUGGUGCCGUCCCGUGGCCGCCGCCGCCGGCUGCUGGCUGUCCUUAGUGUGGUACCACGGGUUGUGAGACCAGUCUGUCUGUAAUGCGGGUGGCUGACUUAGUCAAAUGUCAACAAAUCGCCGGUAUCGGCCCCUCACCGGGCCUCAGUUCGCCCCUCAGUCAAGUGGGCAUUGCUGAAUCGGAACACCAUUGCAGUCAGGCGCGAGCGCGUCCGCUGAGCUUGCCAAUUCAACCGUGUUCUUCCAGUUGCUCAAGCGGCGUGCGGCGCGCUCUCGAGCGCGACUGGGACGCGCAGCGCUCCCCGGCCACUAGCAGGGCCCGAUCUCUCCGCUCGGCUUGUGCCGCGUCCCCCCGCGCUCGUCCCUGUACACGGUCCCUCUGUCAGAGGUUGUACGUGGUCCUGUGCUGGAGCCUGUACCCGACCACCCGCCCUGUUCUAGAAAUGAUGGGAGUACCGCCGGAGGCCCUGGAUCAGUGGAACGUGUUCCAUCCAGAGUGGCUGGAGCAGCUGCAGGCCCGCAAGCAGGAGUCGAACGCGGCGGAAACCUCUACGGUUGGCUCUGGAGGGCGAUAGUACUCGGCCGAUCUAUAUUACGGAGCCAUGUUGGCCGUAUGUGAGCUCUGACGGAGCCAUGGUGGCCGUACGUGAGCUCUAACGGAGCCACAGCGGCCGUUCAUGAGCUCUAACGGAGCCACAAUGGCCGUUCAUGAGCUCUAACGGAGCCACAACGGCCGUUUAUGAGCUCUAACGGAGUCACAGCGGCCGUUUAUGAGCUCUAACGGAGCCACAGCGGUUGUUUGUGAGCUCUGACGGAGCCGACCACCGUCUGUGAGCUCCCAUCUCUGUCAGAGCCAUGGCAGCUGUGAGGGAGUCCGGGCGAUAUGGCGGGGCUGUACGGCCGUGAUAAGCCCGCGGGGCUGUCGGAGCUGGGCGGUAGCUCUGAUGGCCGCCGGCCCAUCGUGUGUGAUAGUUGUACUGCUCUGUGGGCGGCUAGCCGGUGUCAAUACUGUACAAUGGUGCCCGCGCCGGGCCCCGUGCUGUACAUAGGUGGACCUGACGGAUCAAAAUGUGUAGCGCUGUAUAUGUUGAAUGUGCGUCGUGUGCUGACUGAAGUUACUGCAGAUAUUUCUGAAUAUAUCCAGCUGUGUUGUU